CUCCCCAGUUCUUCAUCACCGGAACGGCCCGAUGUCGCUCGGCUUUAGCAUCACUGACAUCGUACUAGCCUCAAAGACUGCAAAGCAAAUCAAAGAUAUUUGGUUCUCAAAGCUGAAUCGUGCAGACAUCCACUACUUCCAGUUUGGCCGCGACAUCGGCGGGCUCGAAAGCCUUCUAGAUAAGUUCGGGAAGGCGUUUGACGAGUUCGCCCGAGUACGCGAAAUACAACUUUCCGUCCGAGACUACCAUUCUUGGGAGCUGAAGACGCUCAAGGAAAAGCAAGAGCAAGCAGAAUUGGUCGGAGGUUUUCUCGAGACGGUGCAGCAGUGUCAGGAGCUUCUAGAAGAGAAUGGGAAAUACCUGACUAAGAAAGCGAAUGCUUGGGACAAUGCAAAAUGGCACGUCUUUGGGGGACAAGAGAGCGCAGACAAGUUGAGGGCGAGAAUCCAAUUUCAUUCUACCAAAAUUAGUGUUUUUAUGCAGACUCUCUCCGUCUCAGUUCAGGCUGCAACAGCGAAUGCUCUCAGAGAUAUUCGAAUUCAAAUUGAGCGACUGCCGCUUCUUGUCCUGAGAGAAAUCUUAGCCGGAUUAUCUGGAGGACCAAGAAAAGAUGGCCUCCACCCAGUCAUGCUAGAACUUCACGAUCAGUAUAUCGCCGCUCUCGAGCGCGACAAGCCAAACGCGUACGAGGAUCCCACGAGGUUUCCCUUAAAAGAAGGACUAGACGCUCUUGCGAAUGCAUUAGAACAGAGCACGAUCAAAUUCACGGGAAAUGGCCUUGGAAUAUGGCAUCCGACUGUUCAUCAACUCAACAACCUUAUCAAGGCGCGUUGGAUCUUCGAUCGAAUGGUUGAGAGCACCCACCUGAGAGAAGCUGGUCCCGAUUCGCUCUGGAGAUGGUGUCUAGAAAGUAUCCAAGAACAGAUCAAAAUGGAAUACGCCAAGUAUGAGCAAGAAAUCAUCGCGGAAGAAGCCAAUAUUGCCAGUCUAGACCUAGACUCCUUUCGAAUCUGGAUGCCUCCACAAGAGACGAAUACUGUAUCGAUCACGGAGGCUGACGAGAGUCAGCAGGAAGAGAAAAUCCUUGCGGUCUCUUUGGGUGACCAUGGGCAACACCAGAAAGAGUUGAUCGUGUUUCGGCGGCCCCGAAACGAACUGCGACUCGUCACCGUCACAUCUCGCUUGAAUGGAGGGGGAAGUGCGUUCGCACCACAUGAAGAUAACAAAGUGGUUAAUAUGCAUCAAGUGCAGGUAGUUCCAAGAUAUGCCCUACCAGGUCGACCAAGAGUACCGUACCAAAAUAUUAUCGAACUCUGUUUUCCAGGCGCAAGCAGCGGCUACACGUAUGAGUUCAAGGUGGAUGAGGAUUUGCUGAAGUUCCAGCAGGCCCUUCUAGGAUACAAAGUCGUAUUCGAUAAUUCUAAUUUCCGCUGGGCCUUCCAUCGAUCGAAUUCCUGGGGUCGGACGGAGAAGAUGCAAGGCCUGGGCCGCAUCCAGAUUUGGCAAGCAAAGCCUCUUGCACCCCCGAGACAAGAUUAUCAAUCGCUCCCCUCCACUAGCUCUUUUCCGACGCAGAGCCGGGCCGAUUCUAUCCACAGUAAUAAUACCAUGGCAUCAACCAUUCGACCUCGACCGCGGUUCCCCGAACCUGCGCCUGAUGCAGGAAAUGUCGUAGUUCUGCAGCGACCCGCAUUACCAAUCGUAAUUUUGUUCACUGAAGUCAGCGGAAAGCCUACAUUCCUUGUCUUACAGCUUGACCCAAGCAUUCAAAUUCACCUUCCGUCCUGUGACUGCGGCUCACAAAAAGAGAAAAAGCAAGCCGAGUGCCUCCGGACAGUCUUAGAGUGCCAUCCUCCGAAGCGCGAAAAGUUCUCAAUUACUCAACUUUCUGCAAACCAUGGCACGGAUUUGUCGUCAUGGAACAUUGCGCUCUUUGGGCAUCCACGACAUCCAGAUCUAGAUGGCAUCGAAAAGGUGAAAGGUGUGAGGUGGAUUAGUCUUGAUGGGCAGACACCGGAAGAGCGAGCGGAUCUCCAAAGUUCGCUCAACAUCAUUGGCAGGAUUAGAGACAAGCAACAAAGGGAAUAUGACAUCCAAAAAGCUCUCAUUUCGAGACGAGCAGAGCGUCCCCGACAGUACCAAACACUUGCUCUACCGGCCCGCACAUCGAGGACGUUUUCACCCUUAUCAAGUCCAACCUCAAGAUCGGAAACUUUUUCUACAAGAUCGAUCAUAAGUGAAGAUGAUAAGGAUAAGGAGUACAAGCUAUUGCAAGGUUCUACCUUUGCAUAGAGCUGUCUUAGAGCAUUCUUCUGUGUAUAUAGUUGUC